UCGGACUUUUAACCUAACCUAACCUCGAAUCGUAAUAGCGAAAAUCUAUUAUUUGUUUUGCUUUUCACUAUUGAUUUUUAUCAAAAAUUAUUAUUUUAUAAAGAUCUUUCCAAUGUGUUGAAUAUACGUGGCAUUUAUCCAGCCUAAUGGCAUCUCAAAAAAGGCUGAAAAUCGCAUUUAUCCAUCCGGACUUGGGCAUAGGCGGUGCGGAAAGGUUGGUCCUAGAUGUAGCAGUUGCCCUUAAAAAGCAAAAUCAUGAUGUUUUAUUCGUUACAAACCACUUCGACAAAAAUCAUGCAUUCGAAGAACUUAAAAACGAUGAAUUUCCAGUCUCAGUUUAUGGUGAUUGGCUGCCAAGAAGCAUUUUUGGUAAAUGCCAAGCACUUUGUGCGUAUGUCCGAAUGAUCUACUUGACAAUUGUGUUUUUAUUAUUUGGCCAAGGGGACAUCAAACCUGAUUUAUAUUUUAUUGAUCUUAUACCUAUAGCCAUUCCAUUUUUAAAGCUGGGAGGUAAAAAAGUGGUUUACUACUGCCAUCAUCCUGAUUUACUUGCCUCAACACCUGGAGGCACUUUAAAAAAAUUAUACAGAAUACCUAUUAACUGGAUGGAGCUUAAAGCAACUGGAAUGUCUGAUAUUAUACUCGUCAACAGUGAGUAUACUGCUUCAGUGUUCAGGGAAACCUUUCCAGAAAUUAAAAAGCCUAUUCAAAUUCUUUAUCCAACUAUAGCUCAAUCUUAUCAAGAAAGUGUUAACAAAUUAAAAACUGUUAAGCCCAUCCGUGAAGUGGUUACUGACAUUCAAUACAAAAAAAAUGAUGUAGUUGUUUUUCUCUCAGUAAAUCGGUUCCACCCAGCCAAAAGGCUUGAUUUUGCCAUAAAUGCAAUGGAAAAGCUGCGCUCGCUUACAUCUGCUUCUGAAUGGGAGAAAAUCUUCCUAGUUGUUGCAGGAGGCUUUGAUCCAAUUAAUCAAACUAAUGCUAAAACUUUUGAAGAGCUCACAAAUCUUACAAAGCAAAAAAACCUGGAAGGCAAAAUAAUUUUUUUAAAAUCACCUUCUGAUAGCACUAAAGUUGACCUGCUUGCAUCUUGUACCACAUUACUAUAUACACCAUUGAAAGAACAUUUUGGCAUAGUGCCCCUUGAAGCUAUGCUAGUGUCUAAACCUGUUAUAGCAAUGAAUAGUGGAGGACCACGAGAGACUGUGGAACAUGGUGUAACUGGAUACCUUUGUGAGCCUACCUCCGAUAGCAUGGCCGAGUUUAUGCAUAAAAUUAUAAAAAAUGGAACCAAAGACAUGGGCAGCAAAGGAAAAAGGAAAUUAGAGGAGAAAUUUUCUUUGGACAGCUUUGCAAAGAGGCUUAGAAGUGUUAUUAAAGAAGUGAUUGAAGUGAGCAAAAAAACUAAGUGAUUUAUAUAAUUUCCAUUGUUAUAUUUAGUAAUUUAAUAUACACUAUUAGAACUAA